CUCCUUUUUCCCGGAUAGAUAGUAAUUGACACACCGGCUUUACCUCGUGCUGGUCUUCCGGCACAAGACACUUGUAAACUGUAAUAAAUGAAAUCCAUCAAUAUUCCUAAAUCUUCUUCUUAAUUUAGAUUAAUUACUUACAUUAAUUAAGCAAUUCUCUUUUCAAAUCACACCAGUAGCUACCAAUGUUGCCGCGUUCUUUGCCUCGGGUAUUGUAAUCCAAUCACACACUCUCUCUUCAAAUUUUUCCUUAAAACAAAAACCAAACAAUUUCAAUUUCAAUUUCAAUUUCCUCACUCAAGCUUACUUCUGGAAAUAAUUCGGGUCAUUUUUGUGGAUUAAUCAAUCAAACAAUCUGAUCAAAUGAAAGUAAAAGGAAGAGGAAAUUGGAGCUCCGGUAGUAAUUUAGGGUUACCGGCUGUGUUUUUUCUCUGUUUCUUCUUCUUCAUCGUCGGAUUUUUCUCCUGUACUCUCAUUUUUCAGGUUUCAUCGAGCGCUGGAUUGAGACAGAGAAUGCUUGAAUCGACGGAUGUUGAAGAUACGGCUGGACUUGAUCUUGUGCCUUCUGGAGAGUCCGGUGACGAUUCUAUUACUUCAAUUCCUUUCCAGGUCUUGAGUUGGAGACCACGUGCACUAUACUUUACCAACUUUGCUACUGCAGAGCAAUGUGAAGGUAUCAUCAAUAUGGCAAAGGCACAACUCCGACCAUCAAAGUUGGCUUUACGGAAGGGAGAAACAAUGGAGAGUACUGAGGGAAUAAGAACAAGUUCUGGCAUGUUUAUUAGUGCGGAUGAAGACAAAACUGGAAUAUUGGAUUUUAUCGAUGAGAAAAUUUCAAGGGCCACCAUGAUUCCCAGGGAAAAUGGGGAGGCAUACAAUGUCCUACGCUACGAGAAUGGACAAAAGUAUAAUUCUCAUUACGAUGCAUUCAAUCCUUCUGAAUACGGUCCGCAGAAAAGUCAAAGGGUUGCUUCUUUCUUGCUGUAUUUAUCCGAUGUUGAAGAAGGUGGAGAAACCAUGUUUCCUUAUGAGAAUGACAACUUAGAUUACAAUUAUGAUUUUAGAGACUGCACUGGUUUGAAAGUGAAACCACGCAGAGGAGAUGGACUUCUUUUUUACUCGUUGUUCUUAAAUGGAACAAUUGAUCCUACAUCAUUACAUGGAAGUUGCCCAGUCAUCAAAGGGGAAAAAUGGGUGGCAACAAAGUGGAUCAGGGAUUUUGAACAGCAAGAUUAAUACAUCUGUAGAUUAGUAGUUAGGAGGUAGACAAUUUUUUGUCACACACAGGUAUCAAUUUUGAAAAGAUUAGUGUAAUUAUAAACUUUUAAAUAGAUAUAUACUUGGAUUAAAUUAUACAACAAUGUGCUCUUUUUUUUUC